GUUCGUUAUCGCGUGAAUGUAGGAAGUUUCACCUUAAUCGAAGGCGGGCAUGUAUUUACAUAAACAUGUGACAAGUACAAAUGUACAUAAUAGUUUACCUCUAACAGGAAGUUUUAAAACUGUAAAACACACAUAGUUGUUUAAAGUACAGUAGUUUAAUGUGUAUAAUCUGGAAAUCUUCAAAUAAAAUCCCACAUUGUCUGGAAAGCGAUCGAUGGUAGAAGUGUUUACCGAACGGUAAAAGGAUUAUAUAACAGUCGAACAAAAACGCCAUCGCGCUAGAAUUGACAAAGCGUUACUAACAACAACAAGAUGACGUCAUCGUCAGCUGACGAUACAUACUGCAAUGAAAACAUCUGCUGCAUUGAGGACUUCAUGUCCGAGAAAAAGUGUUCACUUCCAGCCGUUGUCAGAGUAACCCCGUCGGACUACGAGGUAACCGACAACGAUGAAGACAUUCCAACGGACAUCGAAUUUUUGCUCAGCAAACUUGAAGAUAUAAAGUUGGUUAGAGUCAAAGUGUUACGAUUCGACAAAGAAGAUCAAGUGAUAGCCUACAAAGGUAUAGAAUUUGCACGUCGACGUAGCGAGCUAGUGGGCAGGGAGUUCUUUCUACCAGCCGAAUACCAAGGAUGCGUGAGAUGUAUACCCCGACCCGGUUCUCGAAAGUUGUUUACCACCAUAAAGGAGGUUUUAGAAGACAUGCCGCGCUACAUUAAGUUCAACACUGAGUCACCAUCUUGCAAUACCUCUGGUAAACUCAAUGACGGACAAAAGGUCGCAAGCGGCAGUGUUUUAAUACUAUCGAAAAUAUCAAUUUUUAAGGAUAGCGCUUUCCGGUUUUUAACGUGUUCAAUAGGCAACAAUCAUUUCCUUUUCCGAGAGGAUCAGAAGGUUAACAUUGAAGCUAUUGAUGACGGACAGUUGCAUACCUUUUCCGAGUUGUCCUGUUUGCCCGUUUUGCCAUUAUUUAUUCAAUUGGGCUACGUUAGUCCCACGGAAAUUGUUUGCGAUAAUGAUAACGAUGCAGAGAGUCUCCUUAUUGUCUUAAGUGGACCACUCGAAGUGACACAAUUUGUUAAAAGCACAAUGCUGUUAGCUUGGACCUCUAACGGUAAAAACGAAACGUGCAAAAAGGUUCUUCUGCUACGCAAAACGGCCCGGGAUCGAAGUGUAGUGCUGCAUGCAAGCUUUUCUGACGACGAUGCAAAGGAUUACAUUCAAAAACAUUUUCGUUACUUUAAUAAAACAGAGUGGCUUCGGAAAAGCAUGUACGCAUUGAAUGCGGAUAAAUUUAACACAGAACGAUUUAUUUGUCUAAAAAGGCCGUUACCAAGUGAUGAAUGCGACGAUGACGAAUCUUCGAAAACACGUAGUCAUAGGAGUGAGUCCAUUCAAAACCCAAAGCCAGUGGCAUCUGUAAAACCGCGUGUUGCGACAAAACCGGAUGGCGUUGCUGCGAAACAGGAAAUCAUUACCCCGUUAUCACCAGGAAAAAGCAUUCUUCCCGAAACCCCGGAGAUCGAUGCCAAAUGGGUUGAGUGGACAAGAAAAAUUAAAGUGAUCCAUAAAGAACUUGUUUUGUUUUUGAGGAAAGAUGCCAGAAACAGUGGUCAAGAUUAUCUGAAUUGGGUACCGGAAAAGCAAAACGAAUCCGAGGAACAGGUUAUUGGUAUAACUAACGUUAAUCUUACAGAACCGAAAGAAGAUGGUAAGCCGAAGCGCAAAACACCCAGCUCAUCAGGGACAAACACAUUUAAUUUGAGUAACAACCAAACAUUAAUGAAUUCAUCUCCAUUAAUAGGUCAAUCGCAAGACACCAAAACGCCAUUACCAAGUACACAUUUAAAAUCGAUGAACAAUGAAAACCAAGAUGCAAAUCAGCAAGUUAAAACUGCACAACAAGGAUCUCUUCAAACAUGUCCACCUUCUGCAUCACUCACACCAAAAGAAUUGAUCACGAAUACUGAUGCAGGGGACGCAAUUACAGUAUCAGUUGUUCAACCGUUGACAUCACCAAUACAAAAACGUCCACACAAUGAAAGUGAUGCCUAUGUUAAGGUCAAAGAUAAUAAUUCGUCUUUAGAAUUGCAUCUAACAACUAGUACAAAUCAACAAUCGAGAAACAAUUCUCAUGAACUAAGCCAAACAUCGUUAAGUAAAAAAGGAAAGUGCACACUGAACAAAACUGUUAUAUCCAAACUAGGCGAUCAAACGGACGAGCACCCACCUUUACCACCAAAACCAAAUAAAUCAAUUUCAAAUAUGGCAUCAAAAUACAUUAUUGACGUAACAACUUUGUCAGUUAAUAAGGAUAACAAUAACAAGCCCAAUACACCACCAAAGCCCAGUGCCAAGCCAAAAAUGACAAACCGAGAUAAAAACAACGAUUUCCAAUCAUCAGCCAUUCAUUUGGAUGAUCAUGGAGAGAUAACUUGUGAUACACCAAGUUUACCAUUGUCACCGCAUAUUCUUUCAGAUGAAAGUCUUACAGAUACUUCCCAAAUUUCACUUUUGUCAAAACAAAAGUAUCCCGAUAAGACUGAUGGAACUAGUGUUUCAAAUCCGGAGAACCAAAAGCGCCCUGAAAACAUCGUUUCCAUGGGAAUAACUAAAAGUCCGUCUGAGUCAUCGUUAUACACAAAUAUGGUAUCACCACACCCAAUUUUUACCUCAAACACACCGCCCAUUACGAUGAAGCCUAAAAUAUUGCCUAAACCAAGAAACGAUGGCUAUGAAGAAAUGAUUAAAUUUGACAAUGAAAUAUUUGUUUUGAAAGUAAAAUCAGGGUUAAACUCAUCGGGGUCGAAUUCGAAGUAUACACCGUUUGUUCAGCCAAAAUCCUUUGCACAACGUGAUGAUGGGAAUUCAGUCCCCAUCGUUACUGAUAGAAAAAAUACAAGCUCUUACGAAAACGUUUCAAUUCCACCAAUCCUACCUUCGUUACAUAAUUCAAAAUUAGAACAUUUAGACAAUAAAGAUGACUAUGAAGAAAUAAUGGAUCCGCUGAACGCACUUGCUGAUAAUGAUGUUCACCAAGAAAAUAAAGCAGAAUUUGCAAAGGGCUAUGUGGAUGUCACAAAAGUUAUGCGUGCGGGGCAGACAAAGGAGCAUUUCUACGAUUAUUCAGUACUGGAUGUGCAUGAAUGUUUCAAAAUGUGUUUUCCAGAAAAUCUGGAAAUUUCGAAUUUGAUAUUAAAGUAUCGUUUAGACGGAAGUUUUUUUAGAGAUGAUGGCAUAGAAUCGUUUUGUGAAUCCGCGAGCAUAGGAGGAAUUCAAAAGAAGAAGCUAAUGAAAAUAAUAAACGACGGUUGGCGACCUAAAUUGUAAAUCAAUCGAUACUUCAGACCAUAAUGAUAAAACUGUCAAAGCCCAGGAUGCAGUUGCAAUUUAUGUAAACAAAAUAUGUCAAAAUAGCCUUGUGUAACAUGUUCAAUAGUUUUGGUUAAAGCCAAAUUGCUUUAUAAUGCCAGUUACCUUACAUUUUUUACAUAAAAGCAAAGUGCAAAAAGGAGUUAAGCAAACGAAAAUUAGAACAUUCAGUAGAGAACUGGUUCUAUGGGGUACGUGUUGACCAGUUACCAGCCGAGCUCUGUGAAAACGGGGGUUGAAUGCAUGUGCGUAAAGUGUCGUCCCUGAUUAGCCUGUGCAGUUUGCACAUGCUAAUGGGGGACGACAAUUUCUGCGUAUAUGGUAUGUUCCGUUUACAGAAAAUCUCGUCUUUGCACAAAUUCAGUGUAGGCGGAAGGUGUCGUCCCUGAUUAGCCUAAUGUUAUACGACAUUUUACGCACAUGAAUUAAACCCCUAUUCUCAUAUACAACACUAGAGUCAAUGCAUGUAAAAAAAAUAAAUGCUAAGCAGAGCGUUUGGUAUUUUAAACGGUUGAUGCCUCCCCGCUAGUCCAAAGUUUUUUAAAAAUUCAUUAUCAAUAAUUGUAAAUAAUCAUUCUCCUAUAGCGUGACGUCGCAAUUUAAAUCAAAUAGCAAUAAAAAAAGUAUACGUUCAAAUAAAUGAAAACCAAGUAGACACUCCAAUGUCUUAAAUAAAAGAUUAACGGGAGAUCUAAGAAUGCAGUCCGUUGGUGCCUUUCUGAUUAAAAAGAGUGAUAUUUAGUACAACUUUAAUGGGAAUCCUUUGUCACAGCAAAUCGUUCAUAUUUCGCCGCAGAGUUUACAUUAUUAUAUUAACUUGAAUGCACUCAACACGUGUUGCCUCUUCAAAUGUAUAUGUUGCUGUUAUUCGUGUGCUCAGAAUAAAUCGCCGUUUUAUGGAAGAAUUCUAAACAUCUAAAAAGAAUUUAAUAAUUUGAGUGCAAAAAUUGGCUUGAUAUACAGUAUAAGCGUCGGCCAUUAAACUUGUGUAUGUUGCAGUUAAUAUCUGUCUUACAACUGGUUUAAGAAUGCAUCGUCAUAGAUAGUGAUAUGUAUAAAAUUCAAAGGCGUCCUUAAACUGAAUCUAUCUCACGGCAUUACCUUACAAAUUAAAAAGCUAAGUCACGUGAAGUGUAUUUGCUUGUACAAGUAAAGAUGAAAUGUGAAUCAUAUUUCAGCGGAUACAUAAUAUCUAUAUGACGUGAUAUCGUGUACCAGGAUGUGUUGCAGAAAGACCAACCGUUACAUGACAAUGUGAAUACUUUGAUUGGUGUAAGGAAGUUAAGACGCUUUGUUAUUUGUAUUUAGACAUAAUUACACACAUGCAUUGUAUUGGCAAGUAGAUUGUGCAGUAUUUUCAGUCAUCACCCCUUAAAAUUUAAACUUCGUCAAACAGGUUUGAUAUUGAUUAAGUUACAAUUACAGGUAGACAAUUGGAUAUUGCAUCGUUGAUUUUAUAGACGCUUGUGUCGACCGCAUAUUACGGUGGAUUAAUCAUUUAAGAAGAAUUACACCAGAAUAUGCCCUAGACACGAUGAUUACAAUAUAACACAUGUAUUUUAUAAUUAAGAAAGUGUUUAAGUCUGAUAUACAAGAACCUAGUUGGUUAACAUUUCGUUUCAUUUGUAUUGGAUUUCUAAUGGCAUGCGUUUUCCUAUUGAUUUUGCUGCAUAUAUGUGAUUUAUUCAAACUAUGAAAAAGUCGAAUAUUUGUAGUGGAAAUCUGGAUCUGGAAAUGAUUGCUUUGAAUAUGUCAACUGAUUUGUUGUAUUUAGUUUUUUAUUUAUUGAAUUUUCAUUUCAUGUCUUGAAGUACGAAAAAGUAACUUCAUUUUCCUGUUGGUAUUAUACAGCAACACAUAAGUUUGUAACGUGAAGCGUAGCAAAUGCAAAAAAAUGAAAUAUUACUAUAAAUAUGAUAAACCAA